GCCCACCACACAUUGGACCGCGAGGGAAAACCCAACUAUGUGAAGCAAUUGCGCAUGCGCGAAAAUGACACGAGAAGCUAUGAAGAAGCAAUGGGAAAGCAUUCCUGUAGUUUCCAAGGAGAUGAACAUGGAGCUGACCCUUUCUUCAGGUCAGGCCUUCCGUUGGGUGCAGUUGGAGGAAGAGGAGGAGAAAGUGUGGGCUGGUACCGUUGGAGAAAAGUUGUUUAUCCUGCGUCACCAUGACGAUGAGCUCCAAUACCGGGUGGCCACGCCCACCUCUGAUCCCAGUGAGGACAGACAGACACUAGUGGACUAUUUCAGACUUGACGUUGACCUGCCAUCUCUCUACCAACAGUGGUCUCGAGAUGACAACUUCAGAAAGAAGGCUUCGUGUUGCCAGGGGAUACGGUUGCUACAGCAACCACCACUUGAGGCUCUCCUGGCGUUCAUCUGUUCGUCCAACAACCACAUCUCACGUAUCUCCGCCAUGGUCCUCAGACUAUGUGAAAGGUAUGGGAGGUUUCUGGGCAGAAUUGGAGACAGAGAUUUCCACUCAUUCCCCACCAUUACGUCACUGGUGGGUGUGGUCAAGGAAGCAGUUCUGAGGGAUUUGGGGUUUGGCUACCGAGCGAGGUCAGUUCAACAAUGAUGUCAUUAUUAAUUCCAGGUCUGCAGAUAGUGGAGAGAGGGAGACAGCUAAAGUACCCAGAACCAGGCAACAAUAUAGGGAUUGUGUGGUGGGAUUGGGGGGUGUUCAUUAACCAUGCUUCAUGUAUCUCAUCCCAAUCAUGUCUCCCUUCCUUUUUAUUCCAUCCCCAAAUGCCUCUUUGCAGGAUAUACUAUUAACCCCUUGAUCACUAGGUAUGUGAGGGAGAGUGUGGAAGAGGUGGGGAGGAGAGGGGGAGAGACGUGGUUGGAGUUGCUACGGCAACAGCCCUACGAGGAUGCAAAGGCAGAACUACAGCAACUACCGGGAGUUGGGUCAAAGGUAGCAGACUGUAUGUGUCUAAUGGGACUGGGUCAUCUCGGAGCUGUGCCUGUGGAUGUCCAUAUGUGGCGACUGGUUCAGAGGGAUUACAGAGUGGGCGGAGGAUCGUCCUCUCUCACUCCUGCCGUCUACUGUAGAGUUGGAGAUAAAUUCCGUGAGGUCUUUGGAGAGACGGCAGGCUGGGCACAGGCUGUACUGUUCACAGCUGAACUUCAGAUGCAGAAGCUAGGCACCCAGACAGGGGAGAGGCGAGCAGACAAAAAGACUGCUGGGCACAAGAUGCCAAGGAAAGUAAGGAUGCCAUUGAGCCAAGAUGAAUGUCAGGACAAAAGAAAGACAAAGAGACUGAAACUUUGAUCAUUCAAUCACGUCUCUCUUACGCAUGUAACAAUCAUUACUGGUGUAUGUGUCAGUAUUCAGCAGAUUGAUUAUGGAUGUCAUAAAGAGCAGAGCAAACUGGAGGUGGCAGACUGCAUUGAGCAACACACUGAAUCAAGCAUUUUGUAGCACCAUUAUUAUUGUUCUGGUGGUCAUUAUUAUUAUUAUAGCUACGUCUUGUUGAGGGCAGUGAGGAAGAGGGAGAGAGAAGGAGAGGCCUUCUGUCGAUGUCUCUGGGUCUGCAGUCGACUGCUGGUCUCCAGAAAGCUCUUCAGAGUUCCUGACAGACUGGUGCUGCACAAUAAAUCAGUCUAGCAGGUUUUGGAGUCUUUGCAACUGAAACUGCUGACGUCAGCAUUCCUCCAUGAACUGCUGUAACGUAUGACUUUCCACACCGACAUUUCACCAGCUGCAUAAUUAUACACCGACAUGACAACUCACUUCAUCUAACUUUCUUCUCUCUUAUAAGAUGUCUUUUUACCGUGUAUGAUCUGGCCCGAGGGG